AUGACAACCGAACAAAGUUAUUUAUCUGGAAAUUUAAGAAAAGUAAUAAGCCUAAUAGAUAGGCUUAGAGACGUCGGUUUAUGCAGAUAUAUAAGUCUUCCCCGUAUAGCUGUUUUAGGAUCCCAAUCAUCAGGAAAAUCAUCUUUAUUAGAAUAAAUAGUAGGUUUAGACUUUUUACCUCGUGGAGAAGGAACAGUAACUAGACGUCCAUUAGAAUUAAGAUUAGUAUAUAUUCCUAAGGAACAAUUAUCAUAACCAUAUGGGGUAUUUGAGGAAAUUCCUGGUUAAAAAUUUUCCAAUUUUGAAUAAGUUAGAGCCAGCAUAGAUAAAUUAACAGAUUAAAUAGCCGGUGAUAAAAAAGGAAUAAUUGAUAAACCAAUAGUUUUAACUAUUUAUUCUUCAACCUGCCCUGAUUUAACUUUAAUUGAUUUACCCGGAAUAACAAAAAUACCAAUGAAGGGAAGUGAUUAGACAUAGGACAUAGAGAAAAUCACCAAAAACAUGGCCGCAAGAUACUGCAAAGACCCAAAAACUAUCAUACUAACAGUCCUCCCUGCAAACGCUGAUAUUACAACAUCCGAUGGACUUUUAAUGGCAAAAUAAUUAGAUCCAGAAGGUACUAGGACUAUAGGUGUUAUCACUAAAAUAGAUAUCAUGGACAAAGGUACUGAUGCCCGAAAAAUGCUCAAAGGAGAAGACGUUAACCUUAAAUUGGGAUAUGUAGGCGUAAAAAAUAGGUCAUAGGCGGAUAUUAAUGCUAAAAAGACAGUAUAGGAAAGUCUAGAAGAUGAAGCUAAAUAUUUCGCAACUAGUCCUAUUUAUUCUUCAUUACCUUCUCAUCUUUUAGGUACUAAAAGUUUAACUAAUAAACUGACAGAUGUCUUAUAUUUUCAUAUUAGAUAGAAUCUACCGUAGAUUAUAAGUGAAAUUUAAAAAUAAGUGAAUGAAAAAGAAGAUAGAUUGAAGGAAUUAGGAAUACCUAUGCCGGAUACUGAAAAUGAAAAAAUGAAAUAUUUAUGGACUAUUAUGAAUGAUUUUACAGUCGCAUAUAGGAAUUCGAUUACUGGAAGUUAUGAUAAAAAUGCUAUUUAUGAUAAAAAUAGGUUACCAGCAGGAACAAGGAUAAGAAUAAUACUAAAUGACCUAUAUAGUGAUAUUAGAAAAUACAAACCAACAGAAUGUUAUAGAGAUGAAGACAUUAAAGCUGCGAUAGUCAAACAUGAAGGUGAAAGUAUUCCAGGUUUUCCCUCUAUAGAUGCUUUUUUGUAUUUAUUAGUACCACUUUUGGAAAAAUUAAGAGAACCAGCUUUUGAGUGUAUUUAAGAAGUUUAUCAUGUUUUGGAAGAAAUAGCAAUACAGAUUAUAGAUAAAGUAGUAAAGAAAGUACCGGCUUUAAAAGAGGAAGUUAAGGAAAGUAUACUAUAAGAAUUUAAAAAAGAAAGAGAAGAUUGUCAUGAAAAAAUAGAAAAUAUCAUAAAUUCAGAAAUAGGAUAUGUUUUUACUAAUGAUGUGGAUUAUUUAACAAAAAGAGUAGCAAGAAGCGAUUAGGAGUUUAAUAGUGUAAAUGAUAAUUAAUAAUAAUAAAAUUAAUAAUAAUAAGGAGGAAAUUAUAAUAGUGUUCCUUUUAGUUAAAAUUAUAAAAGAACUAGUGGUGAUCCUAUGGUUUAAGAAUUAAGAAGUAGGAUAGAUGAAUAUUUUUAUUUAGUUAUGAGGGGAAUUAGAGAUGCUAUACCUAAAAUGAUUGGAUAUUUCCUAGUUAAAGCUUCAUAAAAAUAAUUAUAAUAAACACUUUUUGAUAUUACUGAUAGAUGUGAAAGAUUAUAUUCAUUAAUGGCAGAGGUUAAAUUUAAAUAAAUUUACUAAUAUAAUAUAUAUAUAUAUAUAUAUAUAUAUAUAUAGCCAUAAUAUAUAGUCUAAGAAAGGAAAUCAUUAUCAACAGCUAUAGAAACAUUAAAAUAAUCAAUGAAGAUUAUCAGAAAAGAUCCUGAUUUUUCACCUUUUUUCCAUUAAGCUGAUUAACUAGCUUUAAAAUAAUAAUCAACUUCUUCAAAAAACACAUAAGAUCGUACAUCUACCUCUUAAUAACCUAAAUAAGAAUAAUAAUAAGCCUAAAAAACCCAUAACUUAUUCCCUCCUGAAUAAAAAACGCACAAUAAUCGUUCAUUAGAUACCCAUAAUUAACCUUUAUAAUCCCAAUAAAACUAAUCUUAUAACACAAAUACCAAUACAAAUAAUACUAGUUUUGGUUAAAAUAAUCCUUAAUAAUAGCCUUAAUAGUAAUAAUUUACUAGAUAAAACCCUAUGUAGCCUCCAUAAACAAACUAACCAGCUUAAAAUCAAAAAAUAUUCUAACCUCCAGUCUAAUAAACCCAAUAAUAGCCUUAAUAAUAACAAUAAUAGUAAAAUUAACCAAAAAAAGAUGAUUACUUUAAUUUAUUCGGAAAGCCAAAAACUCAAAUUUAACAACCUGCUCCUCCCUAAUAACAAUAAUAAUAACAAUAACAAUAGUAAUAAUAAUAGCAAUAGCAAUAAAAACCAAACACAUUAACUGGAAAUGCUGUGGAUUAUGCACUUGAUAAUAAAGGAGUUUAAGAUGGACUGAAAAAAGGGUCUGCUAAAGCCGCCGGAUAAGCCCUAAAUAAUGUUUUACCUAUCAAAAAUGCUCAAGGAGUUAACCCUUUGACUGGCUAUGCUGAAUAAAUGGGUGAAAAAAUGGCUGAUUAAGCCAUUUAAAACUAAGCUUUUAGAUAAGGAGUUAAAGAUGCUGCAGAUAAGGCAGUUGAUGAAGGAAUUGAUAAGGCUAAAAAUGAAUCUAAGGCUGCUUUUAAGUUUUGGUGA